UAUGCAAAUGGUGGUCAGGAUCUCUACGUUAAACUAGCGGCUGCUGAUCUCGAUGUCAAGAUAACAAGCCAUGGAAGAAUCUUAGGUUCGAGUAUUGGAGUGGCCAUUUUUCUUCUAAUAAUUAGUAUCAUCACCUUCGGCUUUUGGAAAAGAAAACAGAAGAGAUCUAUAACAAUUCAAACACCUAAUGUUGAUCAAGUGCGAAGCCAAGAUUUGCUAAUAAACGAAGUGAUAUUAACAAGCUAUAGUUACAUAUCCGAAGAAAGCAAAACAGAGGAUCUAGAGCUUCCAUUGAUGGAGUUUGAAUCUCUUGCCAUGGCGACAAACCGAUUUUCUGUCGCUAACAUGCUUGGACAAGGUGGUUUCGGUAUUGUUUACAAGGGAAUUUUACCUGACGGGAAAGAAAUUGCGGUAAAGAGACUAUCUACAAUGUCUCUACAAGGGACUGAUGAGUUCAAGAAUGAGGUCAGACUAAUUGCUAGGCUUCAGCACAUAAACCUUGUCCGGCUCCUCGGUUGUUGCGUCGAGAAGGGCGAGAAGAUGUUGAUAUAUGAGUACUUGGAGAAUCUAAGCCUUGAUUCACAUCUCUUUGAUAAAAUCCGACGCUCUACCUUAAAUUGGCAAAAGAGAUUUGACAUUAUCAAUGGUAUUGCUAGAGGACUUCUUUAUCUUCACCAAGAUUCGCGGUUUAGAAUUAUCCAUAGAGACUUGAAAGCAAGUAACGUCUUACUUGAUAAAAAUAUGACUCCAAAAAUCUCGGAUUUCGGGAUGGCAAGGAUCUUUGGACGGGAUGAGACAGAAGCUAACACAAGGAAGGUGGUUGGAACUUACGGUUACAUGGCUCCAGAAUAUGCAAUGGACGGGAUAUUCUCUAUGAAGUCGGAUGUUUUCAGCUUUGGGGUCUUGCUUCUUGAAAUUAUAACUGGCAAGAGGAGUAAAGGGUUCUACAACUCUAACCGUGACCUUAACCUCCUUGAUUUUGUGUGGAGGUACUGGAAAGAAGGAAAAGGGAUAGAGACCGUAGACCCAAUCAUCAUAGAUUCUUCAUCAUCAGCACUCCGGACAGUACAUGAAAUCUUGAGAUGUAUACAAAUUGGUCUCUUGUGUGUUCAAGAACGUGCUGAAGACAGACCAGUGAUGUCGACUGUUAUGGUGAUGCUUGGGAGCGAAACUACGGCUAUUCCUCAGCCUAAACAGCCCGGUUUUUGCGCUGGGAGAAGUCUUCUUGAGACCGAAUUGUCGUCGGGUACACAGCGCGAUGAUGAAUUGUCAGUGAACCAAAUCACCCUCUCAGUCAUUGACGCCCGGUAAUUUGUAACCCGAGACAAUCUGUUUAUCCUUCUUAGAAGAAUGAUUUUCUAGACUAUUCAUGAAUUGUCAGUGAACCAAAUCUCCCUCUCAGUUAUUGACGUCCGGUAAUUUGUAACCCGAGAAAAUCUGUUUAUCCUUCUUGAAAGAAUGAUUUUCUAGACUA